AUGGCAUCAAACGCGAUCAAAAAUGGAAGCCACGACAUUAGCAUCGUGCGAGGAGGGGUGGACGAUGGUCCCGCAGUCCUCAACCUUCUAGAUACCGCAGUCACAUGGCUAGCCUCACAAGACAGAACUGGGCAGUGGGGAGCAUCUUCAUUCUCUCAGAAUCCGAAACGUGUCGAGCAAAUGACAGAAUUUGCAACAACCGGUCACGGUAUUUGGCUCGCUAUCAAAAAUACAAAUGACACGCACAUUGACGACCAAAAUGGACUACACAACACACAGCCCCAAAUCAUCAACGGGCUGUCCUCAGGAUCCGUUGUAGGGGCAAUUGCUAUUGGAGACAGGUCAGAUUAUGUGGCACCAGUUUCAGAGCCUGAGCUUUACAUACGGCUACUAGUGACAGAUCGACAAUGUGCCGGUCACGGGAUUGGCAAACGCCUUUUGGACCAUGCACGUGAGCUUGCCAGCAGAGCUGGAAUUUCAUUACUACGGGUCGAUUGCUAUGCAGGCGAUGACGGUAAAUUGGUCAAGUACUAUGAGUCUCAAGGAUUUGAACGGGUUGAAGGGUCCACCAUGAACGGUGACUGGCCUUGCCAAGUGCUUGCUCAGCGAUUGAAUCAUGAAUGA